AUGGUUGGGAUUUGGGAGAUGGUUAAGAAGGGAAAAUGGUUAAGUGUUGGGGGAUUCGGGAAUAGGCCUACACACACCGAUUGUUACCUCAGUAAAGACUCCAAUCAUCACCCAGCGCAGAAGCGAACCAUGUUGAAAACCGUUAUUCAUCGAGCUAAUCGUAUUUGUGAAGCUUCUCUUUUAGAUCAAGAACUCCGCCAUCUAGAUCAAGCUCUUCAAUCCAAUGGCUAUACGUCACAGGAGAUCAAACGUGCCCUUCAUCCCAGGAGAACUGCACCAGAGACACCUCAACCACCGCCCGUAGGUUUCGCCUCCCUACCAUACAUUAAAACGGUCACGGAUUGUAUCUGGAAGUUACUGAAGCGUCAUAACAUCAGAACCUUCUUCAAACCGCUGCGAACCUUAUUAAGAACAGCUAAAGAUCCUGGAAACCCUUUAACAUCCGCUGGUGUUUAUAGAAUCCCUUGUUCCUGCCGAGGAGUCUACGUGUUGCUACCAGAAAACGCAGCAUCAAAACGAGAAUAG